AUGCACCAUGGCGGCGGCCCCCUGAGCGCCCAGCAGCAGCAGUCCCGCUCCCUCACUGGCGUCAGCGAGGGCGAGGAACAGCAGCCCCACUCGAGUCUGCCCCAGUCCCCCGCCACGGCCUUCGCCCCGUUUGCGCCCCAGUCCCCCGGGUACCAGAUCCAGCAGCUGACCAGAAGGAGCCCAGUGAGCGGGCAGAACGUGAACAUCACCCUGCAGAACAUAGGGCCCGUCGUGGGAGGCAGCCAGCAGAUCACUCUGGCGCCCCUGCCGCUGCCCAGUCCCACCUCGCCUGGCUUCCAGUUCAGCGCUCAGCAGAGGCGGUUUGAGCACGGCUCUCCAUCUUACAUCCAGGUUACCUCCCCACUGUCCCAGCAGGUGCAGACCCAGAGCCCCACCCAGCCCAACCCCGCGCCAGGCCAGCCCCUGCCGAGCGUGCGGGCUGGUGCCUCGGGCCCCACGAGUGGCUUUGUGGACGCCAGCGUGCUGGUGCGGCAGAUCAGUCUGAGCCCGUCCAGUGGGGGGCACUUUGUGUUUCAGGAUGGGGCCAGCCUCAGCCAGCUGGCUCAGGGCACGCAGGUGCAGCUGCAGCACGCCGGGCCACCCAUGGCCGUGCGGGAACGGAGACUGUCGCAGCCUCACGCGCAGUCCGGGGGCACCAUCCACCACCUGGGACCCCAGAGCCCGGCGGCCGGGGGCACAAGUAUGCAGCCCCUGGCCAGCCCUGGGCACCUGGCCACGGCCAGCCUGCCGCCCCAGCUCAGCAGCCUGAUCCAGGGCCAGCUGAUGCAGCAGCAGCAGGUGCUCCAGGGCCAGCAGCUGAGCCGGCCCCUGGGCUUCGAGAGGACGCCCAGUGUGCUCCUGCCAGGCGUGGGCGGGUCCUCGGCCUUCGGCAUGACCUCCCCGCCCCCGCCCACCAGCCCCUCAAGGACCUCGGGGCCGCCGGGUCUGUCCAGCCUUCCGCUCACGGCUGCGGUCGGCCAGGGGCUGAGGAAAGCCCCCAAGAAGCUGGAGGAGAUCCCCCCAGCCUCUCCAGAAAUGGCCCAGAUGAGGAAGCAGUGCCUGGACUUCCACCACAAGGAGAUGGACGCGCUCAAGGAGACCUUCAAGGAGUACUUGAUUGAACUGUUUUUCCUGCAACACCUCCAGGGGAAUAUGAUGGACUUCUUAGCGUUUAAGAAGAAGCAUUAUGUCCCCUUGCAAGCAUACCUGAGACAGAAUGAUCUGGACCUGGAGGAAGAGCAGGGUGCAGUCGGCAACACUGAGACACACGUGAAAAGUGUUCCCCUCACAUUUCCUCUCAGGUCAAGGUUGACAGGAAGGGAUGGGCAGAUUGGGCUUCCCAUGGCUCUUGCAGCCCAGCUUCCGCCAAAGGGUUCUGCUGCCGUUUCUUCCCAGCAGCAACCAGUGCGGGACCUGGGAGCAGGGCUUGGUGCUGUUCCUGAGUGGAAUCGGCACAGCACAGCUUCUCCUGAGAGACCACUCAGCAUUGUUCCCACCCGUUCUGCAGCAGCCAGCUCAUCUGCCUAA